AUGAAUUACGGCUAUGACAAUCAGUAUACAACCUCCUACGGCGCUCAUGGUGCCGCAGACGGUGGCGGCUUCGUGGCGGGAGAGCCGCAGAGUAGUCCUGCUGCUGGAAGAGGAGGUUAUGGAAAAGACACUGUCCGGCCGAUGACCAUCAAACAAAUUCUCGAUGCAGAACAACCCCACCCAGAUGCAGAUUUCCGGAGUGACGGAGAGCCAUUUAGCCAGGUCACAUUUGUUGGCCAGAUCCGCAGUAUAAGCACCCAACCGACAAACAUCACCUACAAAAUCGACGACGGGACGGGCCUCAUUGAGGCGAAGCAAUGGAUCGACGGAGAGUCAAACAACGCAGAGAAGAUGGAUGUUGACUCAAACAAACCGAAGUUGGUGGAAGAUGGCUAUUGUCGGGUAUGGGGGAGAUUAAAGGCAUUCAACAACAAGAGACAUGUUGGCGCACAUAUUAUUCGGCCUAUUGUGGAUUACAACGAGAUCAACUACCACUUGCUCGAAGCAACGGCUGUACACCUGUUCUUCGCCAGAGGACCGCCUCCGAACGCGCAGUCGAACGGACAGCAGAGAAACGGCGCAGCCAAUGGAUUGAUGGGGAACGGAACGCGUCAGGAAUUUGCAGCAGAUGGGCAACUGGCUCAGUGCUCACCACUGGCACGGAAGAUUUUUGUAACGCUCAAAAACACGCCGCAGAGCAAUGAGGGUUUGCAUGUGCAGAUGAUUGCUUCUGCCAUGGGCCUGUCAACGAGUGAUGUGUACAAGGGCGCCGAAGAACUUGUGGCUGCCGGCAAGAUUUUCACGACCGUCGAUGAUAAUACCUGGGCAGUUCUGGACGGGUGA